UUCUAGGGUUCCAAUGAGCUAGGCUAAAUGGCUAGUAGUGGAAUGCGGCAGAGGAGCUCGCUCGAUCGCGAUGGAGCUUCCGCUUCUACUGGCGAGGCAGCUCGCGAAGAGGAGAAUGGGAAGACAGUGGCGGCGCCGCCGCCGCGGGGACGUCCUGGCUGGAUUGGAUUUCUUAGCGCUGUUGCGAUCGCUGCUCUUGUGCUUCGUCUGGCGACUCCAAAACCAAGGAUAUUCACGAGUGAGAGCUUGUCCCAGUUCGAUGGAGCGAGCAAGGAGCUUCCAAUUUACUUGAGCAUUCUGGGGUCUGUGUUUGAUGUCACGAGUGGAAGACAACACUAUGGCAUUGGAGGGAGCUACCAUCACUUCUCUGGAAGGGACGCGACGAGAGCAUUCGUUUCUGGAAACUUUACUGGCGAUGGGCUUUCUGACAGUGUUCGUGGUCUUUCGCCAAUAGAGGUGAAAAGAAUAGGAGAUUGGCGAGGCUUCUAUCACAGGAGCUACUCAUAUAUUGGAAAGCUAAUUGGAACGUACUACGACUCCAAUGGAAAGCCGACAGACGAGCUGCUGCGCGUCGAGAAAAGGAUCAAACGAGGCGAGGAGCUCUUGAAGCAGCAGGAAGCCGAGGAGAAAAAGUUCCCGACUUGCAACUCACGGUGGUCUCAAAGCGAAGGUGGAGAGGUGUGGUGUGACAGUGGUUAUCCUCGCAUUCUCAGCAAACCAUCGCCGCUUCCAUCUCAAGGCUCGGGAGAAUCCCGCUGUGCGUGCUUCGCAGAGAAGCAGCUCAAUCAUCCGGGGCUGGCUGUCUACCCGGGCUGCGAAGCUCGAGCCACAGUGUGCAAAACUUCCUGACAAUGAAAAGAAAGCUUGCAUUGUCACAGCAAUGACGCAAACUUCGAGAUGAUGCAAAAGUGGAAAAGGAAUUGCAAAGAUCAAAGUUAUAGUUUUUCUCU